AUGACCGAAAUACCCCCGGUAUCUUGGAAGGAUCUCUGCCUACCAAAGGAUGAAGGGGGGCUCGACUUUCGGGACCUCGGGGCGUGGAACAAGGCUCUUCUUGUGCGGAACUUAUGGAACAUUCACGUGAAGAAGGAUUCCCUAUGGAUCAAAUGGAUCCAUAGUGAGUUCCUUAAGAACAGGACGCUGUGGGAUUGGACGGCAAGACCAUGGGACUCACCACUCUUCAAGAGGGUGCUUGAAAUCCGAGACGAAAUGCUAGCCGACCGGCCGAGAAGAGAAACUGAGAAGAUGCUGGGACAAUGGUACGGGACCAAGGGAGCAGUCGAGGCGUACGAGGGUUCAGGCUAA